GUGGUCAAAAACAACGAAUUGCUAUUGCUAGAGCUUUGAUCAAAAACCCACAAAUAUUAUUAUUAGAUGAAGCUACUUCUGCGCUUGAUACUGAAUCUGAACGAUUAGUUCAAGAAGCAUUGGAUAAUGCUGCUACUAAUAGAACAAGGUAUUAUUUUACUUUCUUUUGCGUUGAAUAUUUUCUGUUUUAA